AUGGCAUUCAAGACGACCUCGGCCGGCCCGGCGAAGGUGCCAAAGACCGCGAAGCCACGGAAGGCGAAGACGAAGCGGCAGCCGGUGCCAUCCUUCCUGCCGGGAGCCUCGAGCGCUGCGGAGAACGAGCAGACGGAGGAAGUUGGUCCCGCUUUGGGCGAAGUGGAGGUGUUCAUGACGGUGGCCGGAAGGCAAGGCAAAGGCUACGCAGCUGCAGGGAGGGGGUCGGUGACACGCCGGGCCAGCGUGGAGGAGAUGGAGAAGAUGGUGCCGGUCUCCUUUGUGCCCAACCUUCUUCCACAGCCCUUUGCGGAUCACCUGCUGCGCGCCUUCCUGCAGGAGGCCUCCGGCUGGCACACCUCCAAGCGGUGGCUUCAUGAGCGCGAGAUCGAGAGUUCCCGCCUGGAGUCUGGCUUCAGCUUCAGCGACGGCCUGAGCAGCUCCCGCGGAUUCAGCAAGCGCUGGGAGAAUGGUGGCUUUGGGGACGACCUCCGACACCUUCGGAACUUGGUCUCCGCUGCGGUGCAGCGCUCGCGCGUGGAGCUGCGGCAGCGCUGGCGCGGAACUUGCCCGGAGGAAGCGCAGAGGCCGCUGAGUCGCCACGCGCUGGCGCAAGAGACCGUGGCCUUGGCCAGCCGGGGGCAGCAGCUGUCCCCGGAGAGCAUCGAGUGGCUGGUCCGGUACGCGGGCAGCUACGCCUUGAAGGCAUGGCGAUGGGAACCCAACUUCGCGGUGGCCAACCUCUACAAAGACAAGGAGGACUUUUUGGGCGCCCACAGCGACCCGGUGGAGUCCAUCGGGCCCUGGGCCAUCAUCGCCUCGCUGACCUUCGGCGCGGCGCGGCUCUUCCGGAUGAAGCCGGUGGGGCCCAUACGCGCCGAAGGUGGCCGCGUCACCUCCUUCAGCGUCCGACUGCCGCACAACAGCUUGCUGGUGUGCUGGGAGGGUUUUCAAGAGUUCUGGCGCCAUGAGGUGCCCAAAGACAACGGCUUGAAGUGCCACCCCAUCAGCGGCUCGAGUCGCCUGAACUUCACCUUUCGCAAGUCCGUGGGCUCAGUGGCUGCCCGCAAACCCUUCUGCCAUUGCGGGCGCAAGGCGGACUUGAAACCUGUCCUCAAGGCUUCACGGAACCGCGGCCGCUACUUCUGGUCUUGCCGAAAUCCCCGCGUCAAGAAGGGCACCUACCGCACCUGCGACUUCUUCAAGUGGGAUGACGAGCUGGUCCAAGCCCAGGAGAAGGCGCCAUUGCCCAACGCCAACUCUCGCCUCGUGGAGGUCCCAGGUGAUCACCUUCCGGUGUAUUCCCAAUAG